AUGAAUGAUGUUUGUGUGGCUUCUGAGUAUGCAGAGUUGCCACUAAUUCCACCAUACUUGCAUCCUGGAUACCAUGAUCAUCAAUACAUUUAUGGGGUGAAUUUUGCAUCUUCCGGAGCUGGAGAUUUGCCUGAAACUAAUCCAGGACUAGUGAUUGACCUGAAAACUCAAGCACUGUACUUUGCCCAAGUUGGCAAGCUAUUGAGGAAAAUAUUAGGAGAAGAGAAAGCCAAGAAAUUGUUGUCCACAGCUGUCUAUAUCUUUUCCGUGGGAACCAAUGACUAUGCAGUCCCUUUCUAUACAAACUCCAAUGGCACUGUGGUUCUUCCAUACCCUCAACAAAUUUUUAUAGACUUAGUCAUUUGCAACAUUACAACAGCAAUUAAAGUACAUUUGAAUUUUGAACCUAUGGCCUCACAAUUGCCCAUGCUUGUCUUAAAGAACAAGGUUCUGCACUUGCAAGGCUACACAAUAAUUCUCUUUCCCAAAUCACGUCGAAAGCUAGAAAAACAACUAAUAAAGGAAUUCAAUUACUCAAUUCUUAACUUCUACGACGCACUUCUGGAAUUAAUGAAGUACCCUUCAAAAUAUGGUUCCAAAGAGGGGAAUGUUGCUUGUUGCGGAGGUGGGCCCUACAUGGGAGAUUAUAGUUGCGGAGGGAAAAGGGAGAUUGAAGAAUAUGAACUAUGCAACAAUGUUGAUGAGUAUGUGUUCUUUGAUUCUCCUCAUCCAACGGAGAGUACUGCUGAACAUUUUGCCCAGUUAAUGUGGAAUGGUAACAAAGAUGUGAUUGACUUUUACAAUCUCAAGCAGUUGUUCCAUGUUGAAUCUAUCAGCUAGUUAAAUUUAGUCUUAUAGAGCUAUAAUAAACAAAA